UAAAUUUGAACUGUUAUUCCCAUGUCGAGUUUGUAUAUAUGCAAUCAACACAUUUCGCCGUCCAAAAAGUCAUUGCACCAUGGCGCAUAUUGCCGAAGACUAUUACGACAUGCCUGUCGAGUUGCUGCCUUCUGCAAACUUUGCAGGCAGACCGACGAGCGAUAUCGACAUGCUUCCUGCACUAUGGACUCUGGCGGCAUACUCGUUUUUCGAAAAAGACCAAGUGGAUACGGAGAUAUCGCCGCGACUACAAAAUUCUACAGCCCCGCAGCCGAAACCAGCGGUAGUAGAAGCGCCGUGUACUACGAUUACAGUGCCCCUCACCGAAGAAAUGAGGUCAUCAAAGAGUCCGAGCAGCGGUGUAAAAGCUUUGGACCGACGGCGAUUGCGGAAGAAGGCGCAGACUCCAUCUCCGGGCGGCAUCGAUGCGCGAUCUUCACCGCCGUUUAGCCCAGGUCGAGCAGGUGGUGCGAGACAGGGACAGUCGAAUACGACCAGAGGGACGCGGAGCAAGCCGAAGGACCAAGUCGAAAGCGCUGUGGUGACGAGGCAAUGGACUCGGGAUGCCAGAUUAGGACCCCAAAGGGCAUUACCGGAACCACCACGAGCACAGUGCGGGGAAGCAAUUUCAGUUUGUGCAAAGCAGAGACACAGCUCUCGCACGCAUCAAACGACGCGCGUUCUUCAAAGGCGGGCAGAGGCGCCACUCGAGAUGCUCGACACGGCCUUGUCAGAAGGCAAAGGGAGCAGCAGCAGCGCGCCGCCAUCGCCAAGCUCCAUGGUAUCAACACCGCAGGAGCUGUACGCAAUUGGCGGCGAAGAGGCCAUGGCGAAUGAAACAGCGGGCAGUGCACAGUUGUGUGGCGCACGGAGCGCGAACGAGGCAGCUAAAAUUACGUUGGCCCAGACAUGCUCACCCUCAUCGCGAUCCAAGUCGGGAUGGGGUAAUGCACUUGGGCCAAAGCAGCCUCGGGGCGACGUUGACGUGGCUGACGGGCGGAGGAUAUAUUUGCCGGGCGCGAUGAUGCUUGCAGCGUGUCCAGGCGGGCAGCGCAGAGACUCUGUCGCAACGACGCCUGAUGCAGCGGUGUUUGACACGGGUUUAGGGCCGCUGGAGACGCGCUAUUCAGAUCUGGUGGGGCUCGAUGGCAUUGUCACAUUUUUCGAAGACUUUGGCGUCGUGGCGGAGGCUACCGAAGCUACGCUGGAUAGGUACUGGCUGCCCAAGUGCCGAGGCCGGCGGCGGCACAGCAGCGACACUGACAGGCGCCCAGCAGGCGUAUCAAGUGUCGAGGGCCAUGAUGACGAGGAGUCACAGCGAGAGGCAGCGACCCAGAGCCAUUGGAUAGAGCGUCGCGCGUCCACGCUGUCACUGUCGACGCCGUCCGCGUCAUGGCCGGGCGCUGCUGUCCAGCGAAGAGCGAAACGUAAGCGGAGCAGGCUGAGGGACCUGCUGUCACCAGGUCUGCCUGGCACCGGCUAUGGCAAGACCCCUGCGAACUGGGAACACCAGGCAAGCGCAUAG